AUAGUUAGCAGUUAGUAGUGUAUGUGUGUAUACAAAAACCAUAUUAAACCCUUUUUUAAAAUAUUUUUUUUGAUUAUUAAAAAUUAAUUUUUCAAUUAUAAACUAUUUUUAUUCAUUUAUUCAUUUUUUUAAACAAAAAUGUUUGGCAAACAAUUGGUUAGUUUGCUGUCAAUAUUAUUGAUUACAGUAUUUAAUAGCUAUAUUUGUUAUAAAUUUAUAGAAAAAGAAUGUUCAGAUCUGCCAUCCGUUGGUCGUAGAGAAUGGGGGGCACGUCUACCACGACAAUCACUGGCACCCUCACAGCUACCCGUCCCACAUCUAUUCAUUUAUCACACCAGUAGUUAUUCCCGACAGUGUCUGGACCUGAACUCAUGUAUCCGUGCCGUACGCUAUAUUCAAGACUAUCAAAUGGAUACACAGGAGCUCCGGGAUAUUAGCUAUAAUGCACUGAUUGGCGGCGACGGCCGUAUAUAUUGGGGACGAUCAACGUUGGUCGUCGGAUCGCAACCGGUCGGUUUGCACGAUAAGUCCCUGUCGGUAGCAUUUAUUGGCCAGUACGACAACCAGGAACCCAGUCAACUGAUGUUGGAUACGGCCAAACGUUUAGUCCAAUGUUUCGAGAAACUGGGCGACCGAUUGACUGGUGACUAUCAAUUGCAUGGUCACAGGGAUCAGUUGUGUACCAAGAGUCCUGGCCAACUGGUAUACAAUGUUAUCAGACAAUGGCCACAUUUCAAGGGCGGACCAUUGUCAACGUAUAGAUGCAAUAAAACUAUUGGCACGCAGAUAGCUGAUGGACUUAUUGGUAAUUACGAUUAUAGACCUAUAGUCGGUAGUUUUGAUAGUAACGGCAAUAGUAUACCUGUGCAAGGUAGUACUAUGGAAGCCCGAUUGGACGGUCCUACAUCAGCCAAACUAGCUCAGGGUUUUGGUCCUACAGGUUAUUCUAUGGAUGCUGUUCCAGGUGAACCUGCUAAUGCUGGUGCUCCUGUUGCUACAGGUGCUGCUGCUGCUGCUGCUGCUACUGGUGCUCAUCUUAGAGUUGUUCUUGGUGGUAAAUGAUUUUUUUGUCACUAUUAAAAUAUUAACAACAAUAAUAAUAUUAUAAUUGUUUAUUACUAUAAAACAGA